CUCUAUUCCUCCCCGUUAACAUCACGCUUGAAAGUCUCUCUCCCUUGUCAAACAUAUGGAUAUUUUUCAACUUUCUCUCUAUCAAGGAAACGUUUAAGCCCUGAGAAGAGAACUUGCAAUGAAUAUUCAUUUAGGAUCCAGUUGGUUUUCUUUAAUCAUUAGUAUUUGCUUCUUCUUCUUUCUUUCUUUUUUUUUUCUUUUCUUUUUUUAAUAAAAAAAUAUUGUUCUUCGUCGUCCAAAUUUAAUUCUAAGUCAGCCUUCUCCAUUUCUUGGCAGCUCACUUUCUUUUACCCAUUCAAAGUCUUAAAUAUAUAAAUAUAUAUAUAUAUAUAUAUAUCUUCCUCUAAGAAGUCCUGGAAUUGGCUUUUCUGCAUAUUACACAAACAAAUUUUACACAUACCCUUUAAUUUUCAGAGUAGCAGGAGCUAUGGCUCGUCGUGCUUAUGACAGUUUGGUGUCAUUUGGAGGCUCCAACCAUGGUCAGGGUCACCAAGAAGUGCCAUUCAAGACCAACAAAGGGUCUCUCAAAGUCUUGCUUUUACAUGGAAAUUUGGAAAUAUGGGUUAAGGAAGCCAAAAACCUUCCCAAUAUGGACAUGUUUCACAAAACUCUCGGAGACAUGUUCUCGGCCAUGCCAGGUAAGCUAAGCAACAAAAUUGAAGGUCAUAUGUCUAAAAAAAUUACCAGUGAUCCAUAUGUCACAGUUUCAGUCUCUGGUGCUGUAAUUGGGAGGACUUUUGUGAUUAAAAACACUGAAAAACCAGUUUGGAAUCAGCAUUUCAAUGUCCCCGUCGCGCAUUAUGCGUCGGAAGUUCAUUUCGUGGUGAAAGACAAUGAUGUUGUUGGAUCUCAGAUUAUAGGAGCUGUUGGAAUUCCAGUAGAGCAAUUGUUUUCUGGUGCCAAAAUUGAAGGAACUUUUCCAAUCCUCAAUGACGGUGGCAAACCAUGUAAAUCUGGAGCCGUUUUGAGUUUAUCAAUUCAGUAUACAUCUAUGAACAACAUAGCGCUUUAUCAUGGUGUUCCUGAUGCAUAUUUUCCACUUAGGAAAGGUGGUCAGGUUAAGCUUUAUCAGGAUGCUCAUGUUCAUGAUGGUUCGCUUCCGAAAUUGAGGCUCGAAAAUGGUGUUGAAUAUGAGCAGGGGAAUUGUUGGCAUGACAUUUUCGACGCCAUAAGUCAGGCUCGCCGUUUGAUAUAUAUAGUUGGAUGGUCUGUGUACCAUAAAGUGAGGCUGAUUAGGGAUGGUAAUAAUAAUACAACAGAGUUCAUGUUAGGUGAUCUUCUUAAAACCAAGUCACAGGAAGGUGUAAGAGUGCUUCUCCUUGUUUGGGAUGAUCCUACUUCUAGGAGCAUUUUGGGAUACAAAAAGGAUGGUAUUAUGGGAACUCAUGAUGAGGAUACUCGCCGUUUUUUCAAAAACUCUUCGGUUCAAGUGAUACUAUGCCCUCGAUCUGGUGGAAAAGGACAUAGCUGGGCAAGAAAACAGGAAGUGGAGGUGAUCUAUACUCAUCAUCAGAAGACGGUCAUUGUAGAUGCCGAUGCUGGCCCGCAUAAAAGAAAGAUCAUAGCAUUUGUUGGAGGUCUUGAUUUGUGCUUGGGCCGUUAUGAUACUCCAAACCAUCCUAUUCUUCGAACUGUAAAAACAGUGCAUGCAGAUGACUUUCAUAAUGCUACUUUCUCGGAGCCUUUAGCUGGUUGUCCAAGACAAUCAUGGCAUGAUUUGCACUCUCGGAUUGAUGGUCCAGCAGCAUAUGAUAUCCUAACCAAUUUUCAAGAGCGAUGGUUGAGAGCUUCGAAACUACAUGGCCUUCAAAAGAUAAAGACAUCAUAUGAUGAUUCACUUCUCAAGAUUGACAGAAUUCCCGACAUCAUUGGAAUGGAAAAUGUUCUUUGCCUGGGUGAGGAUAAUCCAGAAAGUUGGAAUGUUCAGGUUUUCCGCUCAAUUGAUUCCACUUCAGUGAAAGGCUUUCCAAAGGAUCCAAAAGAAGCAACAAACAAGAACUUGGUAUGUGGGAAGAAUGUACUUAUAGACAUGAGUAUACAUGCAGCAUAUGUCAAGGCAAUCAGAAAUGCCCAACACUUUAUUUACAUUGAGAAUCAGUACUUUCUUGGGUCAUCGUAUAAUUGGAAUUCAAACAAUAACAUAGGAGCAAACAAUUUAAUACCUAUCGAAAUCGCUCUAAAAAUUGUGAACAAAAUUAAAGCAAAUGAGAGAUUUUCAGCAUAUAUUGUGAUUCCAAUGUGGCCAGAGGGUGUUCCCACUAGCUUUCCGAUUCAAAGGAUUCUUUUUUGGCAGCAUAAAACAAUGCAAAUGAUGUAUGCAAUGAUUCACAACGCUCUGAAAGAGGCUGGACUUGAGAACCAAUACGAGCCCGAAGAUUAUCUGAAUUUCUUUUGUCUUGGAAACCGUGAGGCCGCAGAUGGAGAAACUUACUCAGGAACUUCAAAUGCAGCAGCAAACACUCCUCAAGCACUUACUCAAAAGAGUAGGAGGUUUAUGAUAUAUGUACAUUCUAAAGGAAUGAUAGUGGAUGAUGAGUAUGUGAUAUUGGGAUCUGCAAAUAUAAACCAAAGAUCUUUGGAAGGCACCAGAGACACUGAGAUAGCAAUAGGUGCUUAUCAGCCCCAUCAUACUUGGGCAGCCAAACACUCAAGUCCACAUGGACAGGUGUACGGAUAUAGGAUGUCGCUAUGGGCAGAGCACAUAGGAGGGUUAGAAGAAUGUUUCAAGAAGCCAGAAAGUAUUGAAUGUGUGAGAAGGGUAAGAUCUUUGAGCAAGCAAAACUGGAGACAGUAUAUAGCUGAUGACGUAACAGAAAUGAAAGGCCACCUUUUGAAGUAUCCCAUCCAAGUUGAUAAAUCUGGCAAUGUCAAAACACUUCCUGGCUGUGAAACUUUCCCAGAUGUAGGUGGAAAUAUACUUGGUUCUUUUACAGGCAUUCAAGAAAAUCUUACCAUUUAAUCCAAUUUCAUUAGAAGAUGUCUCUUUUCUCUAUUAACCGUACAUUUUGAUCAAUAUCUGUGCAAUUUUAUUGUACAUCAAAUGUCCAAAGUAGGAUUAUGUAUCUAUUCUCUUUCUGCCCAAUGUCCAAUACUUAAGGGGAAUUGUUACUUAUUUCAUAUUUGAUGAUACCCGUUGGAUUAAAUUUUUUUUUCCUUUUU